AUGGAAGAAGAAGCUCGCAUGUACCGGUUAAAUGAUGUCGUACAUGUGGCUGAAUUUAUCAACCAAGAGCCUACUAGGGUUAUUAGCAGUAUGAGGAGACAACAGAAUAUGCCUUUACAUGACCGUAUCAUACCGUAUCUGGAGACCGCGGGCUUGUAUCACUUGGCUAGGCUGAACAGUCAGUGGUUCUGGGUUGAUGAGCCUCUACUUAGCGCAUUCAUUGAGAGGUGGCGUCCUGAGACCCACACCUUUCACAUGCCCUUUGGGGAGUGUACGAUCACCUUGGAAGACGUGGCCUAUCAGCUGGGUUUACCGAUUGAUGGUGAGCCUGUGAGUGGGUGCCUUAGUGAGUUUGAGAAUCUGAUGGAAAAUGGAAGACCGGCAUGGGUGUGGUUCCGCGAGUUGUUUGGGGAGUUACCUCCGCAGAAUAAAGUGAAGCAGAUGACAGUGUGCUACACAUGGUUCCAUGAGCGGUUUCGGGUUCUGCCAGCAAAUGCUACUGACGACAUCGUGCGUAUAUACGUGCGAGCCUAUAUUAUGAUGUUGUUGUCAUCUCAGCUGUUUGCGGACAAGAACGCCAACCGUAUCCACCUUCGCUGGUUGCCUUAUGUGGCAUCGUUGGAGGACUUGGGUAGAUAUAGCUGGGGCUCGGCCGCGCUGGCCUGGUUGUACAGAUGUCUUUGUCGUGGAACAAACAGAAACGUUGUCAACUUGGCUGGGCCACUGCAGCUUCUACAGUCUUGGAUUUUUCGGAGGUUUCUUUGUUUGAAGCCUAGUGAUUUCAACGUAUUCGGGUUUCCAUAUUUGCCGUACAAGUGGGUACCGUCAAUACUCACAAGCGGCUUGCAAUGCUGGAAGGCCUCAACGCAAGGUGGAAAUGUCCAGAACAGACGAUGA